AUGUUGCCGUCGGCGGCGGCGGUGCUGGAAGACGGCGACCUGGCCUCCGAGAUCCUCCUCCGCCUCCCACCGCAGCCGUCGUCCCUCCCCCGCGCCUCCGCCGUCUGCAAAAGCUUGCGCAGCGUCGCCUCCGACCCAGGCUUCUCCCGCCGCUUCCGCAUCCACCACCGUCGCAACCGUCCCCUCCUCGGUUUCUUCAUGGGAGAUGGCGACGAGCUCCGUUUCGAGCCCACUCUGGAUCCCCCCAAUCGUGUCCCGCAAUGCCGCUUCCAGUUUCCGAUCGAUGCCAGCGACUGCAGCUUCGAGUUGCUCGGAUGCCGCCAUGGCUUCCUACUCAUGCUCCGCACAUUUCAGGGGACCGUCCAGCUCCUGGUGUGGGACCCUUUCAAUGGCCACGAGCACCCCUUAGCUAUUCCCCCGGUGUUCAGUGAGAAGACUUUCCAUGGAGCGGUGCUUCGCGCUGCCCCCGGUGUCGGAGACACAGACCACUUUCAGGUGGUCUUGGAAAGAACUGACGUGCAACAAGGAGUGGUCGCCUGUGUUUACUCGUCGGAGACCGGCGAAUGGGGUAAUCUCAUCGCAACACCGGUUCCAUCUGGGGGCGUGAUUCAUCCUAGCAAGCCUGCUGUGCUCGUCGGGGGUUCCCUUUACAUGUUGCUGAUGAGGCUUGGGGGGUCUUCAAGGAUCGUCGAGUUCGAUGUUGGCAGGCAGAGUCUAGCAGUGAUACCUCUGCCUGCCAGCUUGGAUUCCGAGCACAGUCGCUUCUACUCAGUUAUGCGAGCAGAUGGUGGUGGGCUUGGUAUGGUCUCUCUGUCAGCGUCAGGUGGCAGCGCCCAGUUAUGGAAGAGGAAGACCAGUUGUGAAGGUGUUGAUUCGUGGAUGCUGGCAAGAACUUUUGAACUAGACAAGCUAAUCAUCCCUGAUUUAAAGAGCAAAUUCUUCCUACAAAUUACUGGGUUAGCGGAGGAAAACAAUGUGGUGUUGUUGUCGUCCGGUGUCGGUGUCUUCAUGGUUCAGCUUGACUCACUGCAGUCCAAGAGACUUCCCCUAGCCAACUUGCAUCAUUGGCAUCCAUUUGAAAGUGUCUAUGCUGCAGGUAUCUAGAGUGACAUCCAGGUGGCCGUGAUGCAGAAAUGAGCUGUGAAGUGGAUUUGUGAACCCCCAUCCAUCAUCUAAUUUAGAUGUUCCUUAACUCGGCAAGAACCAAGAAGGAUAUUGACCUGAUUUAAGCUCGUGGUUCAUUUCAUUUCCUUGAUGGUUUUUAAGCAAUCUAGUCUAUGCGUGUGUGUUUGAUUAGUCUCAGUGUUGUAUCAGGCAAGGAGAUUUCGUGUUUCGUCUUACGUACCGUGAUGCCCAU